AUGACGAAACCCGGGGAGCUGGCGCCAUGGGAGAGCGCCGUUGCAGGUGCAACCGGUGCUGUGCUCGCAAAUGCGCUGGUCUAUCCGCUUGAUAUUGUCAAGACCAGGUUACAGGUGCAGAUAAAGAAGAAAGGUCAUGUACACCAACACACCGCCGAGCACCACCACUACGACUCGACGUGGGACGCUAUCAAGAAGAUUGUCGACCAUGAGGGUAUCGUCGGCCUAUACUCGGGCAUCAAUGGUGCUCUGAUCGGUGUCGCAUCCACCAACUUCGCCUACUUCUACUGGUACUCGGUGGUGCGGACGCUGUACACAAAAUACCGAACUGCCCCCGGAGGACAUCCUGGCACGGCCGCCGAGUUGUCGCUGGGUGCCGUCGCAGGGGCCAUUGCGCAAAUAUUCACAAUCCCCGUGGCCGUCAUCACCACGCGGCAGCAGACACAACCCAAAGGCCACAAGAAGGGCCUGUUUGAGACGGGCAAGGAGGUCGUCCACAGCGAAGACGGGUGGACGGGACUCUGGAGGGGUCUCAAGGCCUCUCUCGUGCUCUGUGUCAAUCCGGCCAUUACAUAUGGCGCUUAUCAGCGUCUGAAGGACAUUAUCUUCCCUGGUCGGGGUCGACUCCAUCCCUGGGAGGCUUUCCUUCUUGGAGCAAUCUCCAAGUCAAUCGCCACGAUCUGCACCCAGCCGUUAAUCGUCGCCAAAGUCGGCUUACAAUCCCGACCUCCCCCAGCUCGGGAGGGUAAACCCUUCAAGACCUUCACCGAAGUGAUGGCAUAUAUCAUCGAGCAUGAAGGCCCACACGCUCUUUUCAAGGGCAUUGGCCCUCAACUCAUGAAGGGUCUCAUGGUGCAAGGGAUUCUCAUGAUGACCAAGGAACGAGUCGAGCUGUUGUUCCUGUUACUCUUCUCCUACAUCCGGGUCCUCAGGGAGAGGAAGCUCAAGGAGGCCGCCGCCAAGCUGAGGCAGAAUGCGAAACCGUUGGCCGAGGGCCUCAAGAGCCGCGCCAUGCCGGUCGCGGAGAAUGUCCUGGAGAAGGCAAAGGCCAGUGUGCCCGCUACUCUAAAAUAG